AACGCCGUGCGUGACUAAUAAGCGUCAGAACUUCAAGGGGGUGAUCCUAAAGCCGCAGUAACAUUUGUUUUUCCAUUUGAAAAUGGCUCUGCAUUGUGGAGUGCUUGCUCCUUGCUCCUGUGAUACUUUUGUUGCUCUUCCACCUGCAACUGCCAAGAAAGAAGUUAUAUUUGGGAAAAACUCUGACAGACCUCAUGACGAAGUCCAGGAAAUAGUUUAUUUCCGUGAAGCAUCUCAUAAAGAAAAUGAAAAGCUGGAGUGCACUUAUAUUACAAUUGAGCAGGUGAGCCACACAUAUGCUGUCAUUCUGAGUCGCCCUGCUUGGCUAUGGGGUGCUGAAAUGGGAGCCAAUGAGCAUGGAGUUUGUAUUGGCAAUGAAGCUGUGUGGGGAAAAGUAGAAAUAAGUCAGGAAGAAGCUCUCCUGGGCAUGGACCUUGUGAGGCUUGGACUUGAGCGAGCAGAAACAGCUGAAAAGGCUGUUGAUGUCAUAACGGAGUUGCUGGAAAAAUAUGGACAGGGAGGUAACUGUAUGGAAGAUGAAGCAUCAUUUGAUUACCAUAACAGCUUUCUGAUUGCAGACAGAAAAGAAGCCUGGAUACUGGAGACUGCUGGGAAGUAUUGGUCUGCUGAGAAAAUUAAAGAAGGUGCACGCAACAUUUCAAAUCAGCUCUGCAUAACUACCAAGAUUGACCGUGAGCAUCCAGAACUCAGGACUUAUGCAAAAAGCCAAGGCUGGUGGACAGAAGGAAGAGAAUUCAACUUUGCUUCCAUUUAUUCUUACCAGAAUACUGCCCGGAUUAGUGCAGCUGGUGGCAGAUACCGUGAAGGUCACAAUUUACUACAAAAACAUAAAGGCAGUAUAACUGUUGAAACCAUGAUGGAAAUUCUUCGUGACAAACCAAGUGGCAUCAAUGCACAAGGUUCAUUCAUGACAACUGCAAGUAUGGCUUCCAUUCUGCCACUAGAUGAAAGUCUUCCCUGUGUUCAUUUCUUUACAGGGACACCAGAUCCUGAAAGAUCUGUCUUUAAACCAUUUAUCUUUGUGCCAAAUAUUUUACCAUUGUUGAAAACUGUUUCACCAACCUAUGGCCCAGAUGAUCCUGUCAAAAAGAAGCCUCGCUUUCAAACAAAACCAGACCGACAGCACAAGUUGUACAAAAUGCAACAAAAAAAUCAGGAUUUGCCGAAGGAAAAAAACUUAAAACUGCUGGAGAAAAUGAGAAAGCUGGAGAAAGACAAUAUCACAGAAAUCGAUGAGAUACUAAAGACUGGAUUACAAGAUCCUUUGGCAGUUGUUCACCUUUUUCCAGCAUGUGUUGAAGCAGAAAUGAAGGAAUAUGAGUGAAUUUAUUUGCUGCACUAAAACCAGCUAAGGGUGUUUAAUAUGUUGAAUGGACCUUUUGACUCUGCUGCUUAUAAAAUGCUUUGGUGCAAUAGGGACUGGGUGAGCACAGUAAUUCAUACAGUAGUUUGGCUAAUUUACCUGCACUGUUCAACAUUCAUACAGCUUGACUUUUUGUGACCUCCAUCCUCAGAAAAAGUACUUUUCUGCUUUGGUAUGAAUAAGCAAGGAGUUCUGUAGUCUGGGUCACCUUUUAGAUGAUUUUAGCAUGAUGCAUCUGCCAACAAGCUACUGCCUUCACUGUUGUCUGAAGAUCAUCUUGAAUUAGGAGUAAGAUUAUUUAUUAAAAAAACAACCCUUUUAUAUUUUUUGGAACAGUUUUGCUGAUGCUGUACCACACAGCACUCCUGCUAGCAUGGUAACGGGUUUGAGUGUCCAUUGUGUAGUCCAGAUUAAUAUUUCAGAACGUUAAUAGUGUCAGUGGCUCGUCAGGUAGCAUGUUCACAUUUAAAAUAGGAACAUUUGGCAAAGUUGUAUGUUCUGUCAUAACACAAGGUGCUUAGAUCUUCCAGUAUUCUUUUUGAAUGUCAUUAAACAAAAGACCUAAUUGCA